AUGCCCAACGCUCCAUCAUUCACCGCCAUCUCCUACAGCUGGCGGUUCCAUACUGUUUCCCAGGCCGCGAUUUCGACGAGACCCGACAGCAGCACGCGCGUGGCGCUCAGUUCGAUGGAAAUAUCACGGAUUUCCUUCGUGGAAGGAAGAAGCUAUGGCGGACAGGAGAUCGAUAACGGUGCCCAGGAGCUAAAGGACAGCGAUCACGCUGGCGCUGAGGCUGAGAGGAUCCAUGGUAAACAAACUCGCGGUCUAGUCCUGAUCUGCAAACAUCUCAACUCGGGAACCGAUGCAUUCCACUUGACAGGUCAACUCAUCGCACGCAUCGAUCGUCACCGCCAGCUACCUCUGCGCAACACCACCUCCAACCGAUGA